AAGAAGAGAAAAAUUACAGAAUAAAAACAAAAAAGCAAGAGUUUUUUAUUUUUGUUUUCUGCUUCUUAUUAAUAUUAUUUAAUUUCUGGGUUUGAAUCAAUUUGGGUGCCAAUGUCCUCUGAUAUGUUCAUAUUCGAUGGAAGCUCUUUCUUCAACCAUUCAAGCCCAGCAGAAGAAGUGGCAGUUUCUUCUGGAGCAGACUUGUUCCUCAGUGAUGAAUUACUCUCACCUUUCUCAGAUUCCGCCAUGGAUAUCCUCCAAGCUUACUCAGACCAUAAUAAUCAGCAAAACCCAGUUGAGGAAUCUCAUUCCCUUGACCAAAUCUCUUCUUCAAUACUCUCAUCUUCUUCUCCUCCAUCUCACCAGUUACAAAGCUUAAACCUUUAUCACCAUUAUGAUCACCAUCAGUCUACAACAGCAGCAACCCAAUUACAAAAUAAUCAAAAUCAAAAUCUCCCAAAUGGGUUCGGAAUCAAUUUCUCUGGUUUGGAUGCUUUUCAUGUUAAAACAGAGGAAUGUCAAAUGGGUUUCGAGAACAAUGGUUAUUAUAAUAAUACUAAUAAUAAUAAUUAUGGUACUUGUGGUCUCUCUUCAUCUUCAUCAACUGAUCAUAAUAAUGUAACAAAGUAUAUUCAGAGGAGUUUAAGCAGUAACUCCUUUGAUGGAAGUAAGCCUUGUUUUUUAUUCUCACCUCUGUUUGAUUCUCUCACGGAGUCACCAAAUUUUCAUCACCAUCAAGCCUUGAGCUCUCCUGAGAUUGAUAAUGGAUUCUUAACUGGUCAAAUGAGAAGGGUUUGUAGCACUGGAGAUUUACAGAAUUUCGGAACGGCAAGAACAACCCAGAGAUCAUUUUCGAGUCCUUUAGCUUCAGAGAGUUCGUUCAUGGAGGAAGCCAAUAACAACAACAACAACUUCAAAGUGGGAAGGUACAGUGCAGAAGAAAGAAAAGAGAAGAUUUCAAAGUACAGAGCCAAAAGAACACUCAGAAACUUCAACAAGACUAUUAAGUAUGCAUGUAGAAAAACACUAGCCGACAACAGACCCCGCAUACGUGGCAGAUUCGCACGCAACGACGAACCUGGUGAGAUUCCCAAGACUGCAUGUUCAUUCAGAGAUGAAGACGAAGAAAACCUCUGGCUUGAAGAGCUGCAUGAAGAAGAAGAAGACAUGAAUGGAACAGUACUAAGAUCAGGACAGUUUGUGAUGAACAAUGGUACUUAUAAUGGCUCUACACAGUUUCAAUACUAUGGCUUUUGAUUUAUAUAUAUGUGAUGAUUAUGAUGAUGAAGAAGAAGAAAGGCUUUUUCAUCACUUUGGUGGAGUUUUUCUUUACAAUAUUAUUUUAGGUUCGGACCACAACAUGACCACAAAAUGCCUUUUUGAGAAAAGAAUCAAAAGGGCUUUUCUAUUUUCUUUCUCUUUUUUAUUAUAUUUUCUUUUCAAUUUAAUAAGAAAGACAACAAAUUAAAGUGUUGCUGAGGUUAUGUAUUAAUCUAGCUUAGUUAGUUGGGUAGUUUUAGGCUGGUAGCUCUAUAGCAGUUAGCUUAUUGUAGUUUUGUAUUUGUAUUUUCUUUUUUCUUUUUUUUUUUAAAAAAUGAUUAUUUAACUUCUCUAAUGUACAAAAUGGUCAAAUAAUAAUGACUACUUUCUUUGUUAUAUAUAUUUUCCACUCUAAAUCUUUGACCUUUGCAUGUAAGUUGUAUUUAAGAGUUUACUUUGGCAACAAAUUAUAUGUAUUUCAUCAUUAAAGUAUACCACUCCGGUAGAGAAGGCAAAUUAGUCAUCUUCUUCUAAUUCAUAUGACCUUUUCCUCCAUAAAUUUGUAUAAAUAUAUAUUUAUAGCGAUUCAUGAAUCUUAUAUUAGGAAUGUCAUUUUACUACUAAAUACUCUUUUUAUAUGAA